GAAACAUCGUAUGGACGGAAAAUAUUUUCCGACAAACCACAAACAUUAAUACAGAUAUUUUUCUACAUUUUCAUAGCUACAAUGGAGGAAAAUAUCGUACCGAUUCAAAAUGCGUUUUGGCAAAAUGUUCAGUCCGAAGUAUGGGUGGCACUGGAUCAGUUUAGACAAUCCGGACGGAGACUCACGAAAAAAUUCAUUGACAGUUUUAGAAAACAGACCCAUUUACGAGUGACUGACACAUGCCAACGAUAUAUAAACGAAUCAAAACGGAAACUGCUAAGCUCAAUGGCCAAAACGGCAACAAAAGCAGAAACUUCAAAGGUCGAAGAUGUAAAGAAUGUCAGCAAAGCAACCGAACAACCGAAAAAGCGACAAAAUGAAGGUACUUCUUCGUCAACUCAGCCUCCUUUUAAGAAGCAGCGAAAAGCGGAGCUUAAAAUGGAUGAUCACGGAAGUGACGAUAAAAUCGACAUACAUGAUGACUUGCUGUGCACAACUUUCUUUUGUGUUCAUUGUUUGGACGACAAAAACCCGGCAAAAUCUUUCAGCGGAACGAUUGAUGAUGUGUACAGCCAUUGGUUGGCCAAACAUGCGGACGAAUUGCUCUCAAAGCCUUUCAAUUUCUACGCUGUGGCUUCAGUCGGGUGUUUUUACUGCAAAAAAGGUUGGCAUGUAUCACGAGCUGGUGCAACAUCACGAGGACAAACAUGCUGGCCAACAAUUUGCGAUUGUUAACCGUGGUGAUCGCGAUCAAUGUGGCUUGUGCCGCUCCGAAAACGAUGACAUGACAAACCAUUUCAAAGUGGAACAUGAUAUGAAGUCAGUGCCCAAGAUAUUCAAUCCGAUUUGCUACACAGAGAAAUUGAUCGACGAACUCCUGAAAGUCAAUACACAUAUGAAGUAUCAAUGCGAGAAAUGCAAUCAACUGUUCGCAACACAAGUUGAAAUCGCCGUACACUUCGCAAAUUCACACAAUGGUGAAACAGUUCAAUCGAAAGAGCUUAAAAACCAUGGAAGCACACCAGAUCACUUGAUUUGCGGCUAUUGCCAGGGAAAGGUCGAUUAUGCACGAUAUUCGAGCCACUUUUGGGACCAUUCAUACAAUUUCUCUUGCUCGAAAUGCAAAUAUGAGUCGACGAAUUUGUCUGAAAUGAUUUAUCAUGAAAAGUGCCGACACCAAAUUGACACAGUGAACAUGCAUCGCGAACUAUUCGUAAAUCAACUGAAAAAUCACUUUUUCAAGUCGAAUAUAGUAUGGGCCAAUGGUUUGACUCUCGAAGAACAAAAUGUGAGCGGAACGAAGUUUGAUGGCAGCAAAUCAUUUAACACGUUUAUCGACGGGUUUUUCAAUUUCAUGACGAAAGAAGCGAAGAAGAAGAUCGAAUUGAACGCGAGCGAGUGUUCAACAUCGCAAAGUGCUCGAUCACAAGCUGAUUCAGCCACAACAUCCAGUGGACGACAUUCUACAGAUCCCAAUCAGUCAACUAUCAGUUACGAGCUGAUUAAGCAGCGUAAGCUCGUUAGAAGUGUUUACGUCCAUGGCAUUAGAAGUACCGUCAAAAGUCCGAUGGAAACCUUCUUGAAAUUGUGUCAAAUGAUGGGUGCGCAAGUGAUGGGUGUGAACCGCUCUGACAUAGAAGCAAUUUACCAGCGCGAUGAUGCAAUAAUUGUGAAAUUCCAUGUUUUGAAAGUAAAAAAAUGGUUUAUAUCACUAACGAGUGGUCAGUCCAUUCGCUCGAACUUACUAUUUCCACUGCCCAGUGGCCAGAUUCCAUGGAAAGUUUACAUUCGAAAUUCCAUGACACCAUUUUACCAUGAUAUUCAUGCGGCGGUGGUAAAAUUGAAACAAGAAAAUCGUUUGUAUGCAUAUGACCUGUGCGAAAAUGGAUUUGCGAUCAAAAUGACAGCUAAUGACCAUACUGAACACAUCAUACAAUCAAAAGAGCAAUUGAUGGAUUUGGUUAAAUAUGGAAAAGUUCGAAAAGCGAAGUGAAAAACCAUUUCAUCUCUUUACUUCUAAUAUUUUUAAUUUUUCCUUUUAUUCUACGAAUGGCUUUACAAAACAAUUGUGCUAAGGCUAGAUUCGCUACAGUUAACUGCAACCAUUCCUUUCAUUUUGCAAAAUCAACAAAAACAACAAUUUUUUAAUGAACAGGCUUCCAGCUU